UUAAAAACUAAUUAACAAUGCCCGAAGUCGUAUUGACAUCCAUACCGCCAUUGGAAAUAACACCGGAUAAUUCCAGUGAAAAUGAAACACCCACAUCUUCAUCGUCAGAUACGACAAGAAGUAACGACGAUCCGGCGUCGGCAUCUUCAGCUGACAUUCAAGUUCAACGAAGUUCUCUAGUGAAAAAUCACAAGAAUGGAAGGCCAAGCAUUGGCAGUAGCCAGAUGAAAAAUAAAUAUCGCAAAUCGAUUCCGAAACGUUUGUCGAAAAAGUCGGCUGGAGUAGGGGUCACCAACAGUUCACAGCCCAAGAAAUCUGUAAAUAAAUCACAAAUACCAAGAUCUCUGUUAUUAACACCCUCGUCUUCGUGCAAAUCGUUAAAUUCGUCGGUGAGCUUCCAGUCCUCAAAAGAACGUGGCUCAAUAACUACCCAGGAAGAAACUCUCACCACCGCUGUUUUGAAACGUCAAAAGACCGGUAUUAUUUUGGCAUAUCGUCAACGGAAAUCAAUAUCUCAAAUGGAUAUGAAGCAUAUGUGCCGUAACCAAGAGCAUGAGUUACAUGGAAAGUCCUUGGUGGCCAAGGGGAAUGGUGUUGCGGCGAUGCACCACCACCAUAAUCCCUAUUAUAUUUCCCACCAAGAGACCUCAUCCAUAGUUCAGAAAAUAUAUGGUUAUGGCCAACAUUUCUCGGGUAAUAGCUCUCAGCUUGAAUCUCAAACAGCAGGUUUGAGAAUUUUCUCAAUAAUCAUGUUAAAUGCCUGGCGUAAACGAAGAGCGGAAGUUAAGCGACUGCAGGAAGAAGUUACGGAAUUGAAGCGUUGUGUGAGUUGUACUGGAGGUCUUUAGAAGUUCCUCAUUUUU